AUGUCAGGAAGAGGAAAGGGAGGAAAGGGGCUAGGAAAGGGAGGUGCAAAGAGGCACAGGAAAGUGUUGAGAGAUAACAUCCAAGGAAUUACAAAGCCAGCAAUUAGAAGGCUAGCAAGAAGAGGAGGUGUGAAGAGAAUUAGUGGUCUAAUUUAUGAAGAAACAAGAGGGGUUCUGAAGAUCUUCCUUGAGAAUGUGAUUCGAGAUGCUGUUACUUACACAGAGCAUGCUAGGAGAAAGACUGUCACUGCUAUGGAUGUUGUCUACGCUCUAAAGAGGCAAGGUCGCACUUUGUAUGGGUUUGGGGAAAUCGACCUCAAAACCGAACAUCAGCAGCAGCAGCACCAAAAGCAGCUUUCCAAAAGAAGUAGAUCAUCAAAAGCAGCUUCUACAACAAUCUCAGCUCUUCAAAAAGCAUCAACUGCCGUUGUCAACGCUGUUAAACUACUACCAUUUCCCUCCUCCAACUCCACCCUGAAGUCUUCGUCACCAUCAAGAUCCAGAAAAGAACUUUUACCUCGAAGCCUUGCACGGAAGCUGUUUAAGAAGAGCUUUUGGAGAAAAGCAGGUGAUCAUCAUGGUCAAUGUAAAGAAAGCAAUGGGAUCAGAGGGUGGAGACUGUUCCGUGAGUUCUUAGAGGAACGAGAUGAAUCUUCUGUUCUUAGUGAGAAAGAAAUAUCCAACUGGGUUAUCAGGAUUGAUGGGAAAGAAUUAACACAUUUCUUAGCGUUGCUGAAAGACUCAUUGGCGUAA